CGAGGAUGACAUCGAAGGAGGGAAGCAAAAGAAGAAGCCGUGGUCUUUGGAGGAGCGCCUGGCACUCGUGAAAUACAUGCGAGAGGAUGACGCUAUGAUGGAGGCCGCCCAACCAAGAUAAAAACACCAACGACGAUCGUUGAGGAAUGAUUGGGUGGCGAGGCGGAUGAAGGAGGAUGGGUACCACCGAUCAGCGGAGGACGUGCGAAAGAAAUGGGCUGACUUGCAGAACAAGUACAGGGAGAUCAACGACAAGUGCGGUGGGUCUGGCAAGCUGACAUUCUGGGACAUGUCGGUCGAGGACAAGAAGAGGGAGGGUUUGACGUUCCUUUUUGAGGAAGAGUUGUGGGACGAGAUGGCAUGGGUGCAGGGGAAAAGGUCAAGCAUGUGCGACAACACAUUGGAGUCGUCCACGUUGCCUGGUGCAGAUAGCGGGGGCUCGGAGAAGGGAACCUCCCCCGCCGGCCUGGUGGAAGAUUCCGAAAGCAGCAGGAAGUCCCGCCGGACAGUAAAAGGGAAAACAUCAGCGGAUGAAGGGUGUGGCUCUGCGAGAUCCGGUUUGUGGUUUUCCAUGGAAGACUCCACGCGCGCUCUCUGUGAUGGUCUCGGGAAUCUCGGGAAUGCGGCGGGGACUCUUGCAAGAGCCAAUACAGAAGGUGCACAGCAAAUGGCCACUCAAAUCGGUGUGGCAGCCAGUGCAAUGAAGGACGGUAACGCUGUGCUGCAGCUUCUGGUCGAGGUCAUGGCGAGGCGUGUGGGAGGAGGAGGUGGACGACGGGGGGUCCAGCACUCGACAACAAAGUAUCCGGCAAUGUCCGGGCUGGCGACGUUUUAUGAACAGCGUAACUGCCACGACUAUGGAAUGGCCGGUUACUUCGAGCGACCGAGGUUUGACGAGGGAGGUAGGGCCGUGUCGCAUGCACCUCCAUACAUGCUUGCGGACACGACUCCGACGCACGGCUUCAGCCCUUCAGCGGACGGGUAUUCCUCGACGAUGUCCGAGCAUCUGGUGAGCAUGUCAUGCGAUGCCCCAGAUGCUGAAGCCAUUCCCUCUUCGCAGUGUGGCAAGGGCGCACCCGCCCCCUAUGACGCACAGGCUCCUGCGACCUCCGGCCCUUCAAACACGAGGGGACGGGCGAUCGGGCGAAAGGCACGUGCCGACUGGCAAGGUGCACCUCAGUCCCCGACCGGCGAUGGCGAUCCUGAGGACGACAGCGAAGGAGGGAAGCAAAAGAAGAAGCGGAUGAAGGAGGAUGGGUACCACCGAUCAGCGAAGGACGUGCGGAAGAAAUGGGCUGACUUGCAGAACAAGUACAUGGAGAUCAACGACAAGUGCGGUGGGUCUGGCAAGCUGACAUUCUGGGACAUGUCGGUCGAGGACAAGAAGAGGGAGGGUUUGACGUUCCUUUUUGAGGAAGAGUUGUGGGACGAGAUGGCAUGGGUGCAGGGGAAAAGGUCAAGCAUGUGCGACAACACAUUGGAGUCGUCCACGUUGCCUGGUGCAGAUAGCGGGGGCUCGGAGAAGGGAACCUCCCCCGCCGGCCUGGUGGAAGAUUCCGAAAGCAGCAGGAAGUCCCGCCGGACAGUAAAAGGGAAAACAUCAGCGGAUGAAGGGUGUGGCUCUGCGAGAUCCGGUUUGUGGUUUUCCAUGGAAGACUCCACGCGCGCUCUCUGUGAUGGUCUCGGGAAUCUCGGGAAUGCGGCGGGGACUCUUGCAAGAGCCAAUACAGAAGGUGCACAGCAAAUGGCCACUCAAAUCGGUGUGGCAGCCAGUGCAAUGAAGGACGGUAACGCUGUGCUGCAGCUUCUGGUCGAGGUCAUGGCGAGGCGUGUGGGAGGAGGAGGUGGACGACGUGAGGACAGGGGCGACGACAUGAAUCCCUCAAGCAAGUGAGGGAAUGGUUUGCAGUUGGGUUGUUGUUGUUGUUGUUGUUGUGUGUGUGUGUGUGUGGCUGUGCACACACACACACCCAGACCAUUGGGUCGGACCGGC